UCAUGAGUUCUUCUUGAGUGGCCAAGAGGAAGCAAAAAGCUAUGGCGGAGAAAGAUCCUGGCCCAGUUCCUCAUCUUCCCCCGUCAAAUAGAUAUUUUUGUCCGUCGACGUGUUUAUGCUUUCCCGGCUAGGUUGCUCGUGUUGUGCCUUCACUCAGUUGAGUAGAAUAGAAAGUGAUUCCAAGGCCUUCCUUUGUGUGCAUUGAUGGACUUCGUCAGCCGAAUUUUUGGUUUCGUUCCCGGUAACUGCGCUGUGGGUCACUUCAUUUGAGUAACGGCUCACAUAGGUGACCGCACUCUUCAAGGAGGUUGCCGAGUUGCCGCAUUUGUGUGAAGGCAAACCAAGAGACUUGGUUUUUUUUGUGGCGGAAUUUUUGAGGACCUCUUGUCUUGGUGACGCUUGGAAUUUGAACUCACGUUCGAAACGGAUGGGUUUCCCCAGUAGGAAUUCCUGGUCACCAUAUCUGUGCACUUGACAUUCGGCUCAUCGUGUCAUCAUUUCUAGGUCGAGUUUUACGAAUGCUUAUUCUCUCAUAAUCUCUUGAAGUAAAGGGUGCCGCAUCCUCCUGCUUGUGGGAUCAAGGGUAUUUGGUUUCGACCAUGGCCACGUUAGCAUCAUCGUCCCUUAUAGGGGCUUCGAAUGCGUCAUGCGCUAUGGACGAGGGUUUCCUUUCGACCUCGGAGACCGGUGGAUCUCGCUCAUAUGCCCCCUGCACCUGCAAAUUGAUGGGGUCCAAUCGGUUUCCGUCAAAAGCAAGUGCUGGUAAUGAUUUUUCAUGGUUGCGCUCAAGGCGAUCGUUUGCCUGGAGACGAAGCCACAGUGGCGAUGCAUCGUCUAGAUUGCGUCGUGGGUUAGGAGUGGCUCAAUCAGGUUUGGAUGAUGGUGGUCAAAUAGUAGCACCAGGUCAGACUUCUACAAACUCGGAGCUGUCAGUCCCUUCGUCAGAAAUGUUAUUGGAAUUGCAACUCCAGUUACAGGUUGCGACAGUUCGAGAGGAUUAUGCGGAGGCUGCACGUUUGAGAGAUAUGGUGAAAUCCCUCCAGGGAGAAGACCCUGUUGUGCGACUCAAAACCUUGAUGGAGAAAGCUAUUGCUGAAGAACAAUAUGCCGAAGCAGCUAUGCACAGAGACGAGUUGAACAAAAUCUCCCCACCAAAAGUAGAUUUAGGCCUCCAAUGCUACAGCGAUACAACUACCAGGGGAAUCAGAGUUCGAGUUCGAAGUGUGUAUGUGAACGAUCGCAGCCGGCCUUUCAAGCAGCAAUAUUAUUUUGCUUAUCGAAUCCGCAUUAGCAACGAAGCCCUGGAAUCUGUACAGCUUCUAAGUCGGCAUUGGGUCAUAACUGAUGCAAAUGGGAAGGUUGAAGAAGCAAGAGGUUUAGGAGUUAUAGGAGAGCAGCCAGUGCUGCUGCCAGGAACAAGUUUUGAGUACACCUCUGCGUGUCCGUUGAGAACCUCCAAAGGGCGAAUGGAAGGUACCUACCAGAUGAAAUACCCCGCCGAUAAGUCAGUAGCCACCUUCGAUGUGAAGAUCGGACCUUUUGCUCUUUCUGUCAAUGGUGAUGAGGGUGCGUCAGCGGCGUAACUGGACACCGCUUAACGAUGGAUACUUCUAGUGCCUAUCAAAACAUUACCAUUACUUACACUGUCAAGGUUGUACUGGCUGGAUGUGUAGCAAUCUUGAUUGCCUACUCUGGUAUGAGGAGUUGACUUCGAAAGCCUCACUUCAGUACUUAAGCAUAGAGCAAGUUUUGCGUAUGUGCUUGAGGGUACUUUCGUGUGAUUGGUGUUUGGACGGAUUUUAUAUUUGUCCUGUUGUAGCAUUAGCAAACUUAUGGUUCAGGAACCACCUUAUACAAGAAGGAGGCAGAGUAUGCAGUGGGCUUCUAAGACUGUCAUUGUGGAUUCCAAAGAGUAGCGUUGCGAGAGUUGCCUUUCUUCAAGAGAAUAGAUUAGAAAUUAUCAAUUUUGAUUUAGUUGAUUUUACAGAGUGGGUCACCUUGUAUUUUGGUAUAUAUUUCAUAGCAGCUGAAUUUUACGGGCUAGACGCUUUGUGGUUUCUUGAUGUCCCGCCAGUGUUUGUGAACUAGCUGAAGGAAAAAUGGAGUAGCAUUGCAUCCGAUGACAGAGUAUUUCCCACAUAAAGCACUGAAACGGAUUUAGCUGGUGAGCACUGCUAGUUAGUGACCCCAGCAAAAAGAUGCCAAGUGUAUCGGAAAGAAUGCUCUUAAUCUUCAAGAUUUUUUAAUCCUGCGAA